ACCAUAGCUUAUAUAAACAAAUUGCAUAGGAAAAUGCAUCUGCUUGCUUCUGAAGCGUUACUCUUUUAACUUAUAAGACAUCAUCACACAUCACACAGCAAAAACUUAGGAAAAUUUCAUAUCAAAAGCCCAGCAAGCAAAGCCACAUGACUCUUUGUUUCCUCUCUGAUAUGAUCUUAAAUUGAAAACAAAAAAAGUUAAGUAAUGGGGACAGAGCUGAUGAGAAUCUGUGUGAAGGAAGAAAGCGACGAGUUGCCAUCUGUUCCUCCUGGGUUUGAAUCAUAUGCUACUUUCACCUUAAAAAGAGUUGUCCCUGACCCUGCUGCUGCAAUGGAGAGUGUUUCUUCUGUAUCAAAUCAAGGUGAGAUGGAGAUUGAAUCUGAUGAAGCCAAAGCUGCUCGGUCUCUACGGCGUAGACCUUGGAUUAACUAUGAUGAUGAUAACAAUGGCUUGUCUCAAAAUCUUGAUCAAACUUGUGGAGUGAAGCCUUCUCUACCUAAGGGUGUGACCAGAGGAUGUGCAGAAUGUAAUGACUGCCAAAAGGUAACUGCGAGGUGGCAACCAGAUGAAGCUCGAAGGCCUGACCUUGAAGAUGCCCCCAUAUUCUACCCCAGCGAAGAGGAGUUUGAAGACACAUUGAGCUAUAUAGCUAAGAUAAGACCCAAGGCUGAGAAGUACGGAAUCUGCCGCAUUGUUCCUCCUCCUUCCUGGAAACCCCCUUGCCCGCUGAAAGAAAAGCAAGUAUGGGAAGGUUCUAAAUUCAACACGCGCGUCCAAAGAGUGGAUAAGCUUCAGAACCGAAGCUCAAUGAAGAAGGUUUCAAAGCUUUCUAAUCAGAUGAGAAGGAAGAAGAGGAAGUGCAUGAAAAUGGGAAUGGAUCCUGGCUCUGCAAGCCCAGAAAUGAGUGAGCUUGAGACGUUUGGGUUUGAACCUGGUCCAGGGUUCACUUUAAAAGACUUCAAAAAGUAUGCUGAUGAGUUCAAGGCUCAGUACUUUAAAAAGAGUGAAAGUUCUACGGGCGGUGAAUGUACAGUUGGCGACUCCUGGGAGCCAGCGGUUGAGGAUGUUGAAGGUGAAUAUUGGCGGAUAGUAGAUAAAGCAACCGAAGAGAUAGAGGUGCUGUAUGGUGCUGACCUUGAAACUGGGGUAUUUGGUAGUGGUUUUCCCAAGAUAUCAUCUAGUCACGAGGCUGCUUCUUCUUCAGAAGAAAAAUAUGCUAAAUCAGGCUGGAACUUAAAUAAUUUCUCAAGGCUUCCAGGAUCCCUUCUUAAGCAUGAGGGCAGUGACAUCUCUGGUGUCCUUGUACCGUGGUUGUAUAUUGGGAUGUGCUUUUCUUCUUUCUGCUGGCAUGUUGAAGAUCACCACUUGUAUUCGAUGAAUUACAUGCACUGGGGUGCACCAAAACUGUGGUACGGUGUUGCGGGGAAGGAUGCUGUUAAACUAGAGGAGGCGAUGAGAAAGCAUUUGCCUGACCUUUUUGAAGAACAGCCUGAUUUGCUUCAUAAGCUAGUUACACAACUCUCCCCAUCAAAACUGAAAACCGCAGGAGCACCUGUGCACCGUUGCGUCCCAGCAUGCUGGAGAGUUUCUCUUGACUUUUCCUCGGGCAUAUCAUGCUUGAUUUAACUGUGCUGAAGCUGUGAAUGUACUGGCUGCCUCAUUGGCAAAUUGCUAUAGAGUUAUACUGCCCACAGGGUA